GCGCUUGCAUCGGCCGGCUGGGGUUAUGAGAGCUCGCGCUCUUCACUGGUGUGGCGGCGUGAGUGCGUGGUGUGUGUGGCGUCUUUGUUGUGGAAGCUUUUUUAGGAUAUUUACUUGUUUUGUGCAUGACUAGAUGCGUGGCGGCCUUGGACGGAGGAGAGUUAGAAAGCAAUGUAGGAGGGUGGCAUGUUUUGGAUGUGGGGGAUUUUUUGUGGAGUAAUGGAGGGAGCGAUGGAGCUUUCCUCGGGCCGAAAGUCGUCCUGGUCUGCCUCGCACCGCUGAAUGCUACGUCCUGCUUGUUUAUGCGGAGUUUCUACCCCAUGAGUCGUUCCAGCAGAACAAUAUACGUUGGCAACCUUCCCGGUGAUGUGCGAGAGAGUGAAAUCGACGAUUUGUUUUACAAGUAUGGGCGUAUCUUAGAUAUCGAUUUGAAGCUGCCCCCCAGGCCUCCUGGUUAUGCUUUUAUAGAGUUUGACGAUCCUCGGGAUGCUGAAGACGCCAUCAAAGCUAGAGAUGGCUAUGUUUUUGACGGCCACCGUUUGCGGGUAGAAUUUGCUCAUAGUGGUGGUCGUGGUCAUCCCUCUUAUGGCGGUGAUCGGCAUAGCAAUAGCUACCGUGGUGGUGGUGGUGGAGGGGGAGGCGGCGGUGGAGGCGGCCGCGGGGUUUCUAGGCGCUCAGAGUACAGAGUUGUAGUGACGGGUUUACCAUCGUCGGCCUCCUGGCAGGAUCUGAAAGAUCAUAUGCGUACAGCUGGAGAUGUUUGUUUCGCUCAAGUUUUCCGGGAGUCGAAUGGUAAUGAAUGCUCUUAUUCUAGGCUUUUUGUUCUGACUUCCCUGACGACAGGAACCAGAGGCAUUGUCGACUUUACAAACUAUGAUGACAUGAAAAACGCGAUACGAAAACUCGACGACACUGAGUUUCGCAAUCCUUUUUCGCAUUCAUACAUUCGGGUGAGGGAGGAUAAAUCGGGAGCAAAGCGGAGCACAAGCCGCAGCCGUAGCCGCAGCUGGAGUCGCGGCAGCCGUAGCCGCAGUCGGAGCCGCAGCCGCAGCAGGAGUGCGAAAAGCCGGUCGAGGUCGAAGAGUAGAUCUCGCUCCCCAGCGCGUCGAUCCCGCUCGCCAGUGCGUCGCUCUCGCUCGCGCUCGGCAUCACGCUCUCCUGCGCGGAAUGAGCUUUCAAGAUCAAAGUCGCCAGUUGUGAAGCGUAAAUCAACGUCUCGCUCCCGCUCUCGCUCGCGGUCACGAUCGCCUACACCCCGGGCACAAGACACGGCUGCAAACAACAAAUCCGGCAGCCCAAACGGACGCGGUAGUCCCAGUCCCAGCAGGAGCCCCAGCCCCAAGCCCGAGAACAACAACAUCGCCACCGAGGAGAACGACACAGUCAUGAACGAUAAGUCGCCUGGUGCUCGGAGCCCAUCACCCGUUUCGGAGGGUGCUUAAAUCUAAUCUCAAGAGCAAGGAACAAGCAAGCAAGCAAGCAAGAAGAAAAACAAUUUUUCUAACUGUUGUAGAAUACAUAUGCUUUUUUUUAUUUUAUUUUUAUCAAUCUGGAUUCGAUGUUUGUGUGCUA